AUGCACGAACACUCCAACCGUUCUGCCCCUGUCAAGCAUACUGUGAUUGGAUUGAAUUCCGAUGACCAUAAUAACCCUACACGUGGACCAUACCCACCAACCAUUGUAUACCAUGAUGGUGAGAAGCAUGUAUUCUCCAUACAAGACCCAAUCUAUGGGAACAUGGAGUUUCUUCCCGAACUACCCACAUGUUCAUCAAUAACCAUAUUGGACAUUGAAUUUUCACAAUUACUCUAUCGUUUGCUCUUUACAUGUAAUGCUGUUUCUAGACUUUCAAAAAUUCAUCAAGCUGGUGCUGCCUGGUUAUGGAAUGUUUCAACUUGGAAUGUCACUAGACUUGAACAUUCCAUUGGGGUUAUGCUUUUAAUUCGAAAAUUGAAACCACUUGAUUUGGAGCAACAAUUAGCGGGUUUAUUACAUGACAUUUCACAUACAGCUUUUAGUCAUGUCAUUGAUUACAUGCUAUUGAAUGACACUGAUGAUUUUCAUGAAGGAAUUAUUCAUGACAUUGUGAAUGCUCCCAACAGCAAAUUUUGUCACCAUUUUCAUACACACCAUGAAAACUCGAUCGAUUAUGAAUAUUUAUCAAACAGUUCAAUAAUCAAUACUGAAUUUUCGUCAUGUUCAAAUCAAGAAUCCUUAAUGGAUAUUUUGAGAGAAUUUAAAAUGGAACAUGUCAUGGACAAGUUAAUGGACUUGAAACCAAUCAUUAUACCUUGUUAG